CCCACAAUGCUCUGCGGCUCGUGGUCCAACAUGGCGGCAGGAGAAUAGGUCCUAUUCGGAUAACGGGCCGGCGGCGAAAGGGGAAGGAUGCCGAAGGUGGUGUCUCGCAGCGUGGUGUGCUCCGACACCCGGGACCGCGAGGAGUACGACGAUGGCGAGAAGCCGUUGCAUGUUUAUUACUGUCUGUGUGGACAGAUGGUGCUGGUCCUUGAUUGCCACUUGGAGAAACUGCCCAUGAGACCACAGGAUAGAGCCCGUGUUAUCGAUGCAUCCAAACAUGCUCAUAAAUUCUGUAAUGUUGAGGAAGAUGAGAGCAUUUACCUGCGAAGGCCACAAGGGAUAGAGAAGCAAUUUAGAAAAAAAUGUGGAAAAUGUGGCUUGCUCCUAUUUUAUCAGCACCAACAGAAGAACACUCCAGUUACUUUCAUCGUGGAUGGUGCUUUGGUGAAGUUUGGCCAAGGGUUUGGUACCACAAGCAUAUAUAGUCAGAAACAGGAACCUCCAAAGAAGGUGAUGAUGACGAAGAGGACCAAAGAUAUGGGCAAAUUUAGCUCUGUCACUGUCUCAACCAUUGAUGAGGAGGAGGAGGAGAUUGAAGCGAGGGAGAUUGCUGAUUCCUACGCCCAAAAUGCCAAAGUCAUUGAGAAGCAACUGGAACGGAAAGGCAUGAGCAAGAAGAGACUGCAGGAGCUGGCGGAAUUAGAGGCUAAGAAAGCCAAGAUGAAAGGAACCUUGAUUGACAAUCAGUUCAAGUGAACAGUGGAUUCAAGAAAGUGGCCUCCUGACACAAGACAUGGAGUACAACUGAGCAGCAUCAAAUGUACUUUCUUCCACGUUAAAUAUAGAGACUAUAAAUAGAUGAGGAGAAUGUAAAGAUUGUUUGUGUAUGAGAAAGGGAUUAUGUUGCACAAACUUGUACAUUUCUACUGUAAGGUCUAUUAUUUAGGAAUACACUUGUAUAAGAAGACAUUUAUAUUUGAUAUUUUUAUUCAUUUUUUUCACUGUUUUCUCACAUCCCUUCGCUUUAGAACUUUCCUGUUUUCUCACAUGCUGUUAAGGUGUUUUGAGAGUGAGAGUUACACAGCCAGACAUGAAAAGAAGUGGUUAUGUCUGCUUCCUAAUCAGAUUUGUGAAGAGCUUUAAAUCUCUGGCUGGAGGAGGAGGGACUAUUAGAACACAAGUAUCACACACAACCCUAGUGAUUACAUGUCACCCUGUAGAGGGCACAUGUAAUCACUAGAGUUGUAUGUGGUUCUUGUGUCCUAACAAUCUGCCAAGCCUUGAUGAAGUUCACACCUGAAAGCUGAUGGGAUCGUGUUUGGUUCAUGUGUUUAAAGGAAGUACUAUUUUAUUCUCAAGUAGAAUGUUAAAGGUAUUUUACAGUUAGUCACUCAAAUAGUUCUCUAUGACUCUAAACUGGAUUUUUUGUUGUCAUAAUUAAUGUUUGUAGAGAAAUCCAUGUGAAAUAAAAACCAACUAAUGCUUUUCAUUAACAACUCUAGAAAUAAGUGAGAAAAUAACCUAACUUAUAAUAUAACCUUGUUUAGGAAGCUAGGUAGGAAGUUGAAGAGGAGUAAUCUCUGUGAGGGUAAGAAUAGCAUGGUUUGGUCGAUGAAUGCGUGGCUGAGAAUUGGUUCGGGGGUGGGGUUUCUGAUUUCUAUGUUAUUGGGUGCUGCCUGGACUAGAGGGCUUUUCUUAUGAAGAUAGGUUGAAUGAGCUAGGGCUUACAGAGAAUGGUGCAUGAAGUAAAAAAAAAUCUAGUGAGCAGCAGUUCUGUGGGCGAAAAAGCCUUGUUAAUGAGGGAGAUUCGAGGAGAAUGGAUAGACUGGUUUAAGCUGACAGGCAGGCGACAGUAACUUAAAUAACCAUGCGUUACAACAGUGGUGUGCAGAAAAGAGUCUCUAAACACACAACACAUCGAACCUUGAAGUUGAUGCAUUCCAGCUGCAGAAAACCACGAACAUGCACUCAAUGGCCACUUCACUAGGUACAGGAAGUAACCCAUAAAAUGGCCACUGAGUCUAGAUUGGAUCCUGAGGUCACACCUCUUCCCUUUAAGGGAGCAUUCACUCUCACUUACUCUCCCACUCACCCUGAUCUGUUAGAUUUCUGUGUGUGACAGAGCCUGGGGGUUUGAUGUUAUUGUCACUGUUUAUUUUUGCGUGGCUGGGGCUUAGGAGUUAGAGGUUUGAGGUUUUAACUGCCAUGUUCGUGUGUGCAAACUCUUUUUGUGCGAGGGAGGGUUGGGGGGGUUUGGGGUUUGCGAGUUUUGUUUCUUUUUCAUGCGGGGGGAGAUUGAUAUCUUUUAUUUCAAGGACUUUCAUGGUUUUUCUCUAUCAUGGUUAUUUGGAGAAGACGAAUCUCAGAGUUGUAUUCUGCGUACAUACUUUGAUAAUAAAAUGAAUGUUUGAACCUUGA